AGGAUAAUCUUGAUGACCAGUCCAAUUCGGUGAUUUCUUGCAAAGGACCAUUUGAUUCAGAAUCUCCCAGAUUGACACUCCCUUUCCGCCAACGGGAUAUUUUUAAAGACGUGUAUAAUGUGUGUCACAAGUUGUUCAUUGGCCAUAUCAAAGUGACAAAACCACCUUUUUUGUGGGCACUCAGGAGAGAACUUAAAAAUAACUCGAAUUCGAAAAUCGUAUAUUUCGACAUGAUUGAAGGUUUUUUCAACAAAAUGCUUCAGCCAAUAGAGCUUCAUCAACAUAUCAUGGAAUCGUAUGGUGUUGGCCAGGGAUUUAUGGCUACUGAUGUUUAUUUAUGGUAG